CUUCACCUUCACUUUCACUGAACUUUAUACCACCACAGAGAUGAAGCAGCGUUUUUCAGCGCUGGACGUGUCAGCCCAGGUCGCUGAAUUACGGCUCAGGCUGGUGGGACUUCGACUGCAAAAUGUUUACGAUAUAAACCAACGAACAUACCUAUUCAAAUUCUCACGGCCCGACCAUAAGGAGAUUAUUCUCAUUGAAUCUGGAAUUCGCAUGCAUUCCACGGAAUUUACCCGUGAGAAGUCAAACACCCCCUCACACUUUGCCAUGAAGCUGCGCAAGCACCUACGGACACGACGACUGAAUGCCCUUGAUCAGCUUGGAGCAGACAGGGUGGUGGAUAUGAGGUUUGGAGAGGGAGAGACAGCAUACCAUGUUAUAGUCGAGUUCUACGCGUCCGGCAACAUCAUACUGACGGAUCACGAAUACAAGAUACUCGCAUUGCUGCGAGUUGUCGAGCUGGACGCACCCAGCACUGCAGCAUCAGGUGCAGUACAACAAUCUGGACAAAAGUCGACGGACGACACUGAAACGAGGUUCGCUGUCGGAGAGGGUUACGACGUGUCAAGGGCGCGGCCGUUCGAAGAUAUUACGCUUCAGAAGAUUCGAUCCAUUCUCGAAAAUGCUAUAGCCGAAGUAGGAAAUGUAUCAGAAUCCACAUCCGUUACGGAGGCCGACGGCAGAGGGGCGAAGACAGGAAAGAAAAAGACCUCAGCGAAAUGGGGAGGAAAGGAUAAGAAGAAAGGAAAAGACGCAUCGCUCCGAAAAGUGAUUCGAGAAAAGCUAGGUCCGGAUUAUGGCCCAGCUUUAGUGAGCACUGCCUUCGAUUCCGGACUGGAUGUAACAUGAAGGUGGAUUCAACUUGGACCUAAAUGAGGACUCGCCUAUAUAACAAAGCUGUUAG